AUGUCUGCAACCACUGAAAUCGAAGAAUCUGAUUUAGAUAAAACUGUUAUUAGCGUAGAUGAAUUACAAAAUCAUGGAAUUAAUGCCUCUGAUUUACAAAAACUGAAAACAGGUGGCAUCUUUACAGUUAAUGUAUGUAUACCAAUUAUUUUUUUUUCUUCCUUAGUUGUUUUUGACAUAAAACUAACAAGAGCAAUAGCAAUAACCAAUAGACCGUACUAUCUACUACAAGAAGACAUCUACUGUAAAAUCAAGGGCCUUUCAGAAGUGAAAGUCGAAAAGAUUAAGGAAGCGGCAAAUAAGAUAAUUAAAGUUGGGUUCAUUCCUGCAACGGUACAAUUAGACAUUAGACAGAAAGUAUUUGCAUUAUCAACAGGUUCCAAACAAUUAGAUUCCAUCUUAGGUGGAGGUAUAAUGUCAAUGAGUAUUACUGAAGUAUUUGGAGAAUUCCGUUGUGGUAAGACGCAAAUGUCACAUACACUAUGCGUUACUUCUCAAUUACCUAGAGAAAUGGGGGGUGCUGAAGGGAAAGUGGCAUAUAUUGAUACAGAAGGUACAUUUAGACCUGAAAGAAUCAAACAAAUUGCUCAAAAUUAUGAUUUAGAUCCUGAUUCUUGUUUGGAAAAUGUUUCAUAUGCAAGAGCUUUAAAUAGUGAACAUCAAAUGGAAUUAGUGGAACAAUUAGGUGAAGCAUUAAGUUCCGGGGAAUACAGAUUAGUCAUUAUGGAUUCUAUAAUGGCAAAUUUUAGAGUUGAUUAUACUGGUCGAGGAGAAUUAAAUGAACGUCAACAGAAAUUAAACCAACAUCUUUUUAGAUUAAAUAGAAUGGCAGAAGAGUUUAAUGUCGCUGUCUUUAUGACUAAUCAAGUCCAAUCUGAUCCAGGUGCUUCUGCUUUAUUUGCAUCAGCUGAUGGGAGGAAACCAGUUGGAGGUCAUGUAUUAGCACAUGCAUCUGCUACAAGAAUUUUAUUAAGGAAAGGUAGAGGUGAUGAAAGAGUUGCCAAGUUGCAAGAUUCUCCCGAUAUGCCAGAAAGGGAAUGCGUCUAUGUUAUUGGAGAAAAGGGUAUUACUGAUUCAAAUGAAUGA